GGUGGCCUUUUUCAACUGCUGGAUCGUGGCCUUGGCCACCGUGCUGUCCCCCUUCGCCGCCUUCCGGGGCCGCUCCGUGGAGAACAUGAAGUGAGUGUGGGCUGGGCUUGGGGAGAGCUGGCUGGGGCUUGGCUUGGGUGGAGGAAAUCCUGUGGUUUGUGGCCACAGGCUCUGUCCUGCCCUGGAUGGACCCACAGCUGGGUCACAGCUGGUGGCAGAGCCCUGGGGCCAUGGCAAGCACUGUGGUCACAUCCCAGGAGCAGUGAUGUGCAUCUUGUGGUGUGAGAUGUGCUGGCUGUGCCCAGGGAGCAUCAGGCCAUGCUGGAGUUGGGAUUUGUGAGGGAUAAAACAACAUAAAAGGGAUCAUUCUUGGUCAUAGCAAUGUUGGGGUUAUUACUUGGUGAAUGACAGGGGGGCUUGGAGGUACCAUCAUGACAAGGGACAAAUACACACCUCGUGCUGUGUCCCUGGCUCUGGUUUUGCCCAUGGGAGACCCGGGAACAGCACUUUGGCAGAGGGAUUGAGGGUGGAGAGGCCCUGGCAGAGAUUAUUCCAUGGCUGCCCCAUCCCUGGAAGUGUGCCAGGCCAGGUUGGACAGGGCUUGGGACAACCUAAGACGGUGGGAACUGUCCCUGUCCAUGGUUGGGGGGUGAUACUGGGUGGAUUUAAGGUCCCUUCCAACCCAAACUAUUCCAUGUUUUUAUGGUUUUGGGAUGUCCUGGUGUCAUCAGCUGUCAGGGGCACAGCCCUGUCCUGAUCACAGCCAUGUCCUGGUCACAGCCAUGUCCCGACUCACGACUCACGUUCCCAAGGGUGGAAGCAGGGAGAUAACAUCACUGAGAUAACAUCGCUGUGCAACACCGGAGGAAGGUCUGGGUGCUCUCAGGGUGUUGCAAUCCCAUUGCUGGAUUCCUGGGCAGGAUGAGCACAGCAGGAGGGAUGUAAUUAUGUCACAGGGGAAAUAUCCCAGCUUGAGAAAUUUACUGAGGAUUUGUGCGGAUCGAUCCUGGCCCGCGGCAGGAGCGUGGUCAGGGGUUCGGUGUUAUCAGUCAGGGGUUUGGUGUUAUCAGUCAGGGGUUCGGUGUUAUCAGUCAGGGGUUCGGUGUUCCCAGUCAGGGGUUCGGUGUUCCCAGUCAGGGGUUCGGUGUUAUCAGUCAGGGGUUCGGUGUUCCCAGUCAGGUUCGGUGUUCCCAGUCAGGUUCGGUGUUCCCAGUCAGGUUCGGUGUUAUCAGGCCGGUUCGAUGUUAUCAGUCAGGUUCGAUGUUAUCAGUCAGAGGUUCAGUGUUCCCAGUCAGGUUCGGUAUUCCCAGUCAGGUUCGGUGUUACCAGUCAGGUUCGAUAUUAUCAGUCAGAGGUUCGGUGUUCCCAGUCAGGUUCAGUGUUAUCAGGCCGGUUCGAUGUUAUCAGUCAGGUUCGAUGUUAUCAGUCAGAGGUUCAGUGUUCCCAGUCAGGUUCGGUAUUCCCAGUCAGGUUCGGUGUUACCAGUCAGGUUCGAUAUUAUCAGUCAGAGGUUCGGUGUUCCCAGUCAGGUUCAGUGUUCCCAGUCAGGUUCGGCGUUCCCAGUCAGAGGUUCGGUUCCCAGCGGUGGUGCCGCCUGUCCCAGGCCAUUCCCCGCUGGAAUUUCGGGCGCACGCCGCAUCCAGGGCUGCUCCAAAGCCAAGGCUUCCGGCUUUGCGGGGAUCCCCGCGGGAGGCUCUGACUCACCCGCCUUAUCAGCGCCGCCUUAUCUUGUCCCACCGACAGCUCCGUGCCCGCGCAGCACGCCCAGCUCCCUCUCCUCCGAAUCCCAAAGCCUGCGGCUCGGAGCGCUUCCCUGUCAUUAGUCCUGGCUUUGGGGCGCUGUUUCUCCUCGGAUCCUCAGGGAUCUCCGAGCCUGCGGCUCCCGAGGGAUGGGGGCGAUACCACGGACCCUGUGCCUCCUUCUCCCUUCUCACCCCUGCCUGGUGCUGGGCCCUUCUCUGCCCCCUGCCCUGUUCCCCUGGGGGCAGUGACAGAUGUGGGGACCCUGGCACAGACCCUCUGUGCCCCAUUCCAACACCCAGGACGUGUCUCAGGAUUGUAUCUCCAUGGCUGCUGGAAUCCCGGGUGCUCCCUCCUCCCUCCAUUCCUCUCAUUUUCAUACUGAGCGUCUCCCGUCGCUGCCAUCCUGAUAUUCCCCUUGCUGUGCAGCCCUCCCGGGAUGUGACUCCACUUUUCUGCUCAGAUCCAUCCCUUCCCGACACUGCAGCUCCGGUUGGAGCGAUUUGUGAUUCCCCUAAGGACUAUAUCCAGGCUGGUUUUCCUUUCCCCUUGCAGCAAAAAGCUGUGCAGGGGCAGUCCCUGGGGUCACCCACACCCCUGGGGAUCUACCUGUCCCUCUGCCCUCCAUCCCCUGUGCUCCUCCAUCCCCAGCUCAGCUCCUGUAGGCUGGGAUCCACCUCUGGCUUUACGAGUCUGGGAUCUGGAUUUCCAUCCACACAAGGAUCCAGCUGAGCCCCUGGAUAGGCUACCCUGGGCAGAGACAGUCUGUCCUCGUUGGGACGUGAAGAUCCCAUUGCCAUCUCCAUCCCCAUCGCCAUCUCCAUUCCCGUCGCCAUCCCCCAACUUCUCUUUUUGCUUUCCUAUCAUCCCUGGACAUAAAAAUUCUGUUUUUUUCACUCCCACCGCCCCACACUAGUCAGUCUCCCUGCCCAGCAGCUCCCUCUGCUCUGGGCCAGGAGCUGGGCCCAGCUCAGGUGGGAGCCAGGUGAGUUCUGAGCCUCACAGGCUGCAAAUGUGAGAAAUCCAAGCAUGCCUGAGCCCGGCUCCAGCAGAGCAGCCGCGGCCCGGCCCAGCCCGGUGCAGACCCGCUCCCCACCCGUGUCCCUCCGCCUUAUCUCGUCCCUUA